CGGCUACGUUCUGUCUCCAGGAAAAGUGCUGUACAAUGGGAAUAGGAUGGCGUGCACCAGUUCAGACAACCCCAGAGUUCUGACAGUGCUGGAGCUAAACGCGGUUAACUGUAUGCCAGCUACAAGAAACAUUACAGCAGACGUUAGUGCUAAGAGUUCCAUCACAUCUCAGCGCUACAUCAGAGAUGUUGUUAUCGCUGUUGUCUGUUCUUGCCUGGGUGGUGUUGCAAUUACACUUGCAAUACUUGCUGUUCUAUACAGGAAGUUGGGUAAAAGGUUAAAACCGAUGCAGGAGGUAAAAGGAGCUGAGGAACAGUCCAGUCAAACAUGGGAUUUCUCUGAUGACAAGGAAGGUCUCUCGAGGUCUUACGCUCUCCAUAACAGCAACUACCGUAAUCGUCCACCCUGGGACAAAAAGGGGACUUCAUCUGAGAGCAGACCAGACACAAUAGCAAAUGAUUUCAUAUGCCAAAAUUGCAGCUCGAGCUUCAGGAGAAAGACUUUCCAUAACAGAACGAAUCACCAGCCUAUUAUGGAUGAAAAAUGGUCAACCUAUUUAAACAGUGACCCUUCAAUCUUUAAAGAUGAAGUUACAGAUGGAAGACAUGAUAUCCAAGGUCUCAGUGGGUCAAGACAAGACAUGUCCACCAUGAGAACGCAACAAGUAGCUCUCAGAAGACACAUAUCAAUUGCCCAAAAACAAACAUUUACCCCAGAAGAUCAACUAAACCCCACAGGUGCAGCUCAGGAGCAUCAUUCAUUCCUAAAGCAUCAACAUAGAGAAUAUGGUCUACCAUAUUCUCGGCACUAUCAUCAAAUUUAUGCGCAAGACAUUCAGGACAGUAUAUCUAGAAAUCAAGAAGAGAGUAUACUUCCAAGAAGCUCUAAAGUCAUUGUGUACAGAGAUAUUUUAAAUUACAACCAGUCCAACAUGGAUCAGCAGGGUGGAAAUCAAGCCAGAGUGCAGAGGAGCGUAACAUUUGAUCUGUCCAUGGAGCGUGCUCUGUUUGUAUCUAGUAAAGAAGGUCCAUACAAAAUCAGCAAGACAAAAUGGUCUAAAACAUUAGAACGGAGCAGCAAACCAGGUCAGGGUAAGGUGUCUGCCAAAGGAGACAAGAAAAGGCAUUUGAAAAUCCAUGAACAGGGAUCUCCACGAAAAAGCAAACUAAAGGUCAAGUUGAAUCUGAACCCCCUUAGAAAAAGUCAGGUUCAACCCAAAUCCGGUUCUAAUCAGGAGGACAAGGAUGUGAAGAAAACAUCCAAAAAGAUAAAAAAAGACAAGUCUCAAAAGAGUAAGGUGAAAAAAAACAAUGAACAACAAGAGAGUAAGGAAAAAUCCAAAAAAGGCAAGAUCACAGAGAAGUUGCAAGUUGAUAAAAGUUCAACCAAUCCAGGUGAAGCUCAAAGUUUUGGAAACAAUCCCAAGGAAUCAGAGUCAUUAAUAGAGCCUUCAAAUCUAUUAGCUGAAAACAUAGAGCCACUUGGUACAGCAAAAACUACAGACCCUCAAGUCCCAACCUUGGACUUGACCCUGGCCCUGAUGACCCCAGAAGAUUCCAGGGAUCUGCAGAAACCACCACAAGAUGGAGAAGAUCCUCCAAAUGAUCCCUUGACCACAGUGUCAACAACUGUCUCUGUUGUCCAGGAGUACCUGUCAUCAGGUGAUGGCUCACCGAAAAGAAAGAUUCGACUGAUCGUACCUGAGAAACCCUCCAGCAGACCUCAGACUGCGCUGGAGAAGAAAAUCAGAUAGAUGUCCUAAAUGUCCUGUAAGAUCUCUCCAGAGUGCCAUGGUGUUCAUGACCGAAUUGUAUUCCAGAUUAGUUUCUGUUCAGUUCGAGGGCCAAGAGACUUUUUUUUAUUUUAGAUAACAGCUGCACAAAGUGCUGUUUCUCCAGGAUAAUUUUUUUUCUUUGCGAUCUAUUGAUAAGAUAGCUAGACCUUGAACACCUUUGCUGCUACAAGUCAUGCAACAGAUCUGAGAUUCAUUCACAGAAAACUAAGCAAGAAUGGAUGAACUAAAGAAGAAAAGUAAUGAAAGACAACAGGAUGUGAAAGAAGAUGAAGAAAAGGAGCCAAAGACUAUACUGGGGUUUUUUACCAGACAGCAGUUCACUAUGUUGUGUGUGGCUCUUGGGCUGCUUGUGCUGCUGCUCAUCUUAACGGUCACCUCCGUGGUUCUUACCAUGAAGUCAGGUUCAGAAACAUCAGAGGCCUUGGUCUCAUCCCCUACAGAUGGAGACAUGCUGGAAUUUCUUCUUCAAAAUGGGGAGAUCCAAGAGAAAGACGGACUCUAUGCCACAUGGUAUCACUCUGCCAAUAGCAAAGCCGAAACUAAAAAAGCCCUGGAAAGUGACAUUAUGAUUCUGGAGGCUGAUGUCAAUGUAGAAGGGCAUAAUACUGUCAACGAAACCAACAUUCCAAUCAUGGCCCAUCCGCCAGAUGUCUACAGUGAUAACACUUUGGAAGAGUGGCUUGAUGUGGUUAUCAAAUCUAAGAAAGGAAUAAAACUGGAUUUUAAAAGUCUUCAAGCAGUGGAGCCUUCACUCGAUCUUCUCAAGCUCAAGAAUCAAACGGGAAUCAACCGUCCCGUAUGGUUGAACGCCGAUAUCCUUCCUGGCCCGAACGUUCCUGGUUUCUGGCCCGUGGUCAACAGCACUCAAUUCUUUAAGCUUAUCCAGACGAAGUUUCCAGAUGUAACCAUCUCACCAGGAUGGAAGGUUCUUUAUCUGUCACCCUUUCCCAAUGUGACAUACACCAAGUCCAUGGUGAUGGAGAUGUACGACACCGUCAAACACCUCCCACAAAAAAUCACGUUUCCUGUUCUGGCGGUUAUGGCGAAGAAUGGAUGGCCUCACCUGAGCUGGCUUCUCAGCCAGUCCUCCAGGUUCAGUUUGACCUUGUGGCAAGGACAGGAGAACCCCACAGUCAAUGACAUGCUCUUCAUUAGAGACAACAGCAACCCUCAGCGCAUCUACUACGACAUCUACGAGCCAGUGCUUUCCCAGUUUAAAGAAGCAGCAAAGCAGAAAGAUAGACCAAGAAGGUUCUACACGGGUGGGAACAUAGUGGACUAUUUUAGACCUGAAAACAAUGAUGGACUUAACAUCCUGUGGGAGGAGGUGUAUGACCGAGCUUCUCUUCUAUCUACUCUCAAAGACAGCCCCGGUGGGAUGCUCGUGAUUCCAGUAACAUCUGCGACAGAUGAUGUGAGGACUCCAGUGAUUGAAGGUUCAGUGCCAGAGCUGCCUCUUCAGGAUUGUCUAGAUCUAAUUCUUGCUUCAAAGAAUCCAUGGGGCAUCUACCUCAGGGUGAAGUCCAAAACACAGCUAGCUACUUCGCUACAUCUGCUUCAAAAGGCAUACGCUAGAGACCUACUCUAUCAUCCAAUCUGGAUCAACAUGGACAUCACCCAUAAAGCCUUCAACGUUGAAGGCCACAUCACAGGUCUGGAGUUUGUUAGAACCAUUAACCAGAUUUUCCCUUACGUCACCAUAGCUCCCAGCUGGCCUCAGGAGGUUCUGGAUAAGGGUUACACACCUCGGCUGGUUGAGAACAUGAUGGAACCCUUCCAAGAGGUUUGGCAGGACGUCUCAUUGCAGCUGUUGGCUGUCUAUCUGGAGAGAUCGCAGGCUGGAAUUAAGAUUCUUCAACAAAGCCAGGCACGGUUUUCUCUCACGGUGGAGCACAGGACAAGGAACGGAGGACUUGGGAUGGAGAGUUUCAUGUUUGUUCGUAGUGGGACCAGACAGCGGACCUUUUACAAUGUUCCGAAUACAUUGAAAGGCUUUAUCUCCAAGAUUCCCAGGAAAAUAAAUACCACCAUGUAAAAUAGAGAUGGUUCAGGAAAUAACGACAGACAGAUAUUUUUUUCUUUAUCUUCUGUUAUCAGGAUACGUUCAGAUGUUAUUUCACUUAUACAUACCACAACUACACAUAAGAACUUAACAGCUUAGUAUAUUACAGUAUAUACACAAUUAAAGGUCCCAUAUUCAGCCAAAACAAAAAUGGAAAAAAAUAAAUAUUUUUUUCCCCA